AUGUUAUCUAUCAUAUUCUUGUUAUUGACUACGACUAGUAAUGUCGUUGAUUGUCAAUUGUGGAAUACAUCCGAUGAAAUUCUUCCAUGGGAAUCAUACAUACAAUUAAGUGAUAUACAACGACCACUUGGUCUUACAAUUGAUCGAUCAUCACUUGCACAUCAUCAUUUUGCUAUUGGAUAUUUUUGUUUUCAUUCAUUUAUGUAUGAUGAAGCACAAGAUGCAUUUAAUUUUGCAAUUAAUAUUACACCUACAUUCAUUGAAGCUCAUAUUGGAAAAAUGCUCGCAUGUAAACAUGCAUUAUGGUUAUAUACUGAUUUCGAUUGUGGUCUAACAGCAUAUAAUGCAAUAAAAUUAAUGUUGAAAACAUCAAAUGUAACACUUUCACCAUUUCAAUCAUCAUUACUUUCAACAGUUUAUCAAUGGUAUGCAAAUCAAUCAUCGAUUACAGUUGGAGAACAAGCAUUUUUAUCAUCGAUAGCAAAUUUAUCAAAAUCAUAUCCAAAUGAAACUGAUAUACGUGUUUUAUGGGGUCUUUCUCUUCUUAAUGUAGCCUUUGAAAAUGAAUUUCAAGGUCAAAUCGAACCUGUACCAAUAAUAGAAGCAAGAGAAAUAUUGAAAACGGCACUCACAAUUGAACCAAAUCAUCCAGGUGCUCUUCAUUAUCUAAUACAUGCUUAUGAUGUUAAUCAAGUUGAUAUAGCAGAAAAAGCUGCAGAUUAUGCAUUGACAUUUAAUAAAACUGUAUUAACAUUAUCACAUGCACAACAUAUGCCAGCUCAUAUUUGGAUACGUACAGGUGCAUGGCUUCUUGCUACGUCAUCUGAUAGAUCAGCUAUUCAAGUAAGCUUGACAUUAUGUGCGACAAAAUUGUUAAAUCGUCUCAUACGAUUUUCAUCAAUUGAACUUGAAUCUGUUUUAACUCAAUUUAAUACGACAAAUCAAAUAUCAUCUUUUCUUUUAUGUGAUGCUGAAAAUCGAGCACAUUCAACUGAAUGGCUUUCAUAUUCUCGUUUACAAACAGGUGAUUGGUUAGGUAGUAUUGCUCUACUUAAUGAUCUAUUCAUUGCUGAUAAUCAAUCACUUUUGACACCAAAUCAUUAUUUACCAUUUGCCUAUCGAACUCAAGCACGUGCUAUUGUUGAUCUAUUCUUUUGGUAUCCUUACAAUAAUCAAUUUUUAAAUAAAAUACAACCAUUAUUAGCAUUCAAUGAAGAACAAUCUUUAAUUUUUUUGAGUGACAAUGCUACAGAAUGGUAUCCAAUAUGGACUGAAGCCGGAUAUCGUUUUGCUGAUUCUCUGCAAUUACUAACUACUUUUUAUUUGAACAAGAAUACAUCUGAUAUUUUAUCAAUUAUAGAUAAUCAUCUAGUUCGUUUUGUUAUACUUUCUAAUCGAACUAAUUCAUUAAGUAAAUAUAUAUCUAAUAGUAUUUUAAUGAUGAUACCUCAAAUUCUUGGCAUACGUCAUUAUAUUCAUGGAUUAUGGCAAGAAUGUUUAAAUGAAUUAAAUACAGCUACUCAAAUUGAAUCAAUGCUUAUACCUGAAAGUAAUAGUCCUACUUUGAUAUUUGCACGUUCAUCAGAAUUAUUUGCUAUGCAUUUAUUAAUUAUUUAUGAACAAUAUCAAAAACAAUUGGUUGAGACUAACUCUUCUAUCUACAAGCUAAAUGGUACAGAAACAGUUGUUGACAAAUUUCCAUUAAUAGCACUAAAGUUGUACAAAAAAGCUGAUCAAAUAGCUCCUAAUCGAGCUAUUAAUACACUUGGUAUGGCACGAUCUACUGCUCAUCUUAAGCGACAUAGUAUAGCAGUUGGUUUGUAUCAACAACUCUUUUUUCAAAUGACAUCAUCUAAUAAUAAUGAUGAACAUUUUCUUAAAGAAGCAAAUGAUUAUCUUGAUCAUCAUAGUUCAGCUAUACAUUGUAGUGUUUCUUUCACUUUAAUCUUUUUUUCAAUGUGUAUAUUUUAUUUUUCAAUGAAAUUUAAAUAA